CGUAAACCGACGUCAGAAGAGCAUAGCUUAUCAUACCGCCACUAACCGAAGAUACCCAUUUAAAAUAACGAUUUCAUAUCAGUCAGUCAUUUUAUGGACAUUUGUGGUGAAACUACGUUAAAUAUGUCAUCGAUUACCAUUUUACGACAUUUUGUGAAGCAGAGACUAACUUCUGCGGCGGAGGAGAUAUUUGCAGCUUUUGAAAAGAUCAUUGUGGAGUACCAGGAGGAGAUCAGUCGUCAGCGCCAGCUGUUGGAUGCUGUUAACCGGCAGCGGGUAGAUGCACCUGAUAGCAUCAGCUGUCACAACCAUGGUAGUCAGAACACUGUUCUGGUCAAAAUGGAACUGUCAGAGGAAGAGGACAAGCGUCAGAUGAUGUUUGAGGGAUGUUACCACAAUGAAGUUGGAGUGCACGAUGAAGCCCAGAGUCGGGCAGAAGAUGCUGACGCUGCAUCUACAAGAUAUUUAUCAACAGAAUGCUCCAGUGACCAGCUGCUCCUGUACAGCGCAAAUGUUGAGAAGCCUCGAUCUCCCUCACAACAGAACGACGCACAAGAACAGGACACCAAUCUGGUUUGUGAGGAUCAGAACAACAUUCCAGUCAAAGAGGAGGUGAACGAGCGGGAAGGACUGAAGAAGGAAAUUGACGCUAGGUCUUUUUUUGAGGAACGUUACAACAGUGAAGAUGCUGCUUCUUACUUGUGUUCAAUUGAAGAGAAUGAAGAUGCUGCCACUUCUAACCUGAGUUGUUUAUCACCAAAACCCAUGGGUGGGAGCCAGACAAACCUGCACAGCACUGCUGCAUGUGCAGACUCUGGCUCAAACAUUGAUCCUACCAACAGACCUUCCUCCCGACCCAAACGCAAAUACAAGACUUGUAAAACAAAAGUGCAUCUAAAGUGCCCAUUUUGUGAGCUGGUCUGCAAAUAUAACUCACAGCUCAUAAGACACAUGAGGAUCCACACAGAUGAGAGGCCGUUCCCAUGUGCGAUAUGUGGAAAAUAUUUUAAGAUUCGCAGACACGUGGAGGAGCAUAUGCUGAUUCACACCGGCGAGAAACCGUACCUGUGCAAAGUCUGUGGGAAGAGCUUCACACAUAGGUUCAGCUGGACCAGACACAUGAAAAGCCACUCGGGUAACAAGUCAUUGUGGUGCAUCGACUGUGGGAAGUGGUUCCAUGGGCACAUGGGUUUUAACAAGCACAUGAGGAUCCACCGCCAGGAGCAGAACACUAGCGGGACACAAGUAGACUCUGAGCUGUUGGACAUGCACAGUUCCAAAACAAUGUCUGGAGUGCUGGAUUUAAGGCAGUUUAUAAAUCAGCGGCUCACCGCUGUCGCUGAAGAAAUAUUCGGUGUAUUGGAAAAAGCGUUCGUCGAGUACGAAGAAGAGAUCGAUCGACAGCGCAGGCUUCUGGGAGUCAUUCGCAGCCCUCGUGUAAAGCUGGAGCGCAUCGACUUCAAAGCACUGCCCCACAAGGAUGAGGAACGUGCCAGUGACCGAAAUCAGCGGAAGAGCAACUCUAAUUUCGAGGGCGAUGAUUGCCAGGUGGAUCCGCAGAUCAAUAAAAUCAUACUGACGGAAGAACAUCUAGCAGUGAAGCAGGAAAUGGACUUCUACAGUAAUGUUGAGCCAAUUCUGCCAUCAAGAUCAGACCAAGCCCCGGUGGUGGAGAAUCAUCAUCAGCAGUUAGAAAAGAGUGCUUCAGAAGAAGGUAAUGAUGAUGAAGAUGAAGAGCUGCUCCCUCUUGGAUCUCCUACUGGAGAUGCAGAGGAGAACCUGUUUUCUUGCAAAAUUUGUGACCGGUCUUUUAAAACUGACCUGGCUUUAAAAUUACACGCAAGUGCACACAUGGGUCAGAAGUCGCACCUUUGCAACACGUGUGGGAGAAGAUUCAAAGACUUGACUGCGCUAUCGAGACACAUGAGGCGCCACACAAGCAAGGAAAUCCAUCCCUGUAGCCAGUGUGACAAAACAUUUAGCGUGCGUUCCACCCUGAAGAGACACAUGAUGGCCCACUUGAAGGAGAGGCCGUACACUUGUAACGAGUGUGGGAGUUGGUUCCGAAGCAAGUACUCGCUAAAGACCCACAUGAUGUCUCACACCGGAGAGAAGCCCUUCCACUGCCAAACCUGUGGGAAGGACUUUUUGAGCGCUUACGGACUUCUCAUCCACACCCGGAUCCAUACAGGUGAGAAGCCGUACCCAUGUGACGUCUGUGGGCUGGGUUUCCGUGACAUCACAUCUUUGAAUCGCCAUGUCAGUACCCACACCAACGCCAGGCCAGUUUCUUGCGAGAUUUGCGGUGGGACCUUCAGAGAUAACAGCACCUUGAAAAUCCACCUUCGGACGCACACUGGUGAGAAGCCUCACAAGUGUGACGUGUGUGGGAAACAAUUUGGUCUGAUCAAAGUACUGACGAGACACAUGAGGACCCAUACACGGGAGCGACCAUACCCUUGCGGCAUCUGCGGCAAAGCAUUUGCAGAGCUGUCGACGAUCAAGCGGCACAUGCUGAUCCACACAGAUGAGAAGCCCUAUUCCUGUGAGGACUGUGGGAAGCUCUUCAGACACAGAGGGAAUUUAAAAAGCCACAUGAAGUCACACAAGUGUGGGGGCGCACCAGUGGAGCACGUUCGACAGUCUCCCUUUUCUUAUGGAGGUUCACUGGAGGAGAAACCGGAUACACCAGAAGAGGUUUUUGAUAUAGUAGUUGUCACCUGACUUGGACAAGCUUAGUAAAAUUCAAUAUGAAACAUUCAAAAUGAAGCCUCUUACCUUAUACUCACAUGUGCCACUGUCUCCAGGGGUUCAGGAGGAUAGCUUGGACUAGUAAGUAUACAUAAACGCACAUGUAUUCAGAAAAGAAUAGUCAUAUUUGUGGAAAUACUUAAAACUACAGCUGAUGUUGUUGAACAACUACAUAGAUGUUGAACUGACUGACUACUGACUACUGUGCUGGAUUCAUUGAAAUCAACGCCACAUCUUGGACUCAUGAAAACAGUUUGUAUUCAACUAUGUUGUCUUUUUGUCGCUCACUAA